CACCCUCCUCAGUUGCCCUACCCGAUAUCUAAGGGCUCCGUUAUAUCUCUCUCUCUUUCUCUCUCUCUCUCUCUCUCUCUCUCUCUCUUAUGGCAAGAAUUUUAGAACCUCUCAUUGUAGGGAGAGUUAUAGGAGAUGUACUUGAUCCUUUCCCUCCAACGAUAAAAAUGACUGUUACUUACCACAACAAGCAAAUCUGCAAUGGUUAUGAACUCUAUCCUUCCUCAAUUACCGUCAAACCUAGAGUUGAGGUUCAAGGAGGUGACUUGAGGUCUUUCUUCACACUGGUCAUGACAGACCCAGAUGUUCCUGGUCCUAGUGAUCCCUACUUAAGAGAACACCUGCACUGGAUAGUGACAGACAUUCCAGGCACGACAGAUGCCACAUUUGGAAGGGAAGUGCUGAGCUAUGAAAUCCCGAAGCCUAACAUAGGGAUCCACAGGUUUGUGUUUGUUCUCUUCAAGCAGAAACGCAGACAGACGGUUAACACACCAACUUCAAGGGAUCACUUCAACACCCGGAGCUUCGCGGCUGAGAACGAUCUGGGUCUUCCCGUGGCUGCUGUCUUCUUCAAUGCUCAGCGAGAAACAGCUGCAAGAAGGCGCUAGCUAGCGUCCCACCAUAAAACUCCAUCUGUUUGAAUUGAAUAAAAUGAAUUGGGGGUUGUAAUAAUAAUCCAUUUGUGUGUGUCCAAAAGUACACACCUGUAACUUGAAUGAUCAGAAGCGCUCUAUCCAUUCUCUCUUUCA